GCAUUUCAACACACCAACAUAAUUCCUCUCACCACCACUGUAUCGCGUUAGCUUCAGAAACAAGGUCUAGGCAGUCCAGGUACUGGAAGGAGUCAUCUGGGCUGCGUCCUUGUCAUCUCUCUGUGAAUGGUAUGCUGGCCAGGAAGAACGAUGCCAGCAUGGCCCCAUGGCACUGCAACAGGAAAGGUGCCCUUUAGGCCCCUGGUGGAACCACUGAAACGGACCCUCAAGGAGGUGAAGCUAUAUGAGAAUUUAAAGUGAGGACGAAGUGGCAUCCAGCAUUAUUUUGUCUGAGACAAACCGAUCUUGCUGCAGAAUUUGAAGACGUAUCAUCUUGUGGGAACGGAAGAACAGCCACCCUCCAUGUUUAAAAGAAGACUUGUCUGCCCUCUUCAGGCCUGGAAAAUAAUUUGGACAUUUAAAAGGCCCAGCGUAUGAAGGCCUGUAUUGAGGAGAUGGAUCCCCCUUGUUUUCAAUUAGGACUGAACCCUGAGAGCCUGCCAGUGGAUGAAGGGGAGAACAUGGCCUCCAUCAGCAUAAUGAAGUACCACGGCUGCUCUAGAUGCUGAUAACCCCGAAAUGAGAAGUGUUCACAGUUUCCUGUGUCUGACCUGCCCCUGCAGCUACCGUACCAUGCCUGUGUGCCAGUGGAGGGUGGAGAGGAGUGCUGUUCUCAAAAUGCAGAUUGGCCUCACAUUAAUACUGAUUAGAUUGUAUGAAGGGAAGUGAGCAAACAUCCAGGGGAGGCACUCCUGGGUUGGAGAGAAAGCCAGCGUGAUAUAUACACACUAGCGGGGCUACUGUAUGUGAGCAGAGCAGGGAUUGGUCCAGAGUGCUGCCAGUCAAGCAGCAACUACUCUCCAACUUCCUUUGUCCUCCUUUCCUGAUGCAGCCUGGAAGGAGGGAGGGGAAUGGAUCUUUUCCUCGUGAGUCGCCAGAGCUCCUUCAGCCUGUUUCUUACCACCUGUCCUUGUCUUACUGUGCAUAGACGAGACUGAGGCUGCUGCUCACUCCUCCUCUUUCGGUUUGUGUUUGUAUGAGCAGCUGCAUUUUUUUUUUUACAUUUUUCACUCUGUGUGGCUGUUUCUUUCUACCUUUGGUGCUUCAGUGGAGUGGUGAAGAGAGGAGUGUUUGUCGUCAGCCGGUGGAGUUCUGAUGGGAGGCAGUGCUAGCUCUGGUUGGGACUGGGGAUGCUGAACGGGGGGAGGGAGGGCCUAUUUGAGCUGGGACAGCAGCUCCAGCAGCAGGGGGAGUAUCGGGCCGCCCUCCACUGCUUCCUCAGCUGCCUGUUGGGACUGACCCAUGUGCAGAGCUUCACCUCACUGCCCAACUGCCUACACCAGAUUGGAGAACUCUUCAUCACUGAAAAGAAUUAUGGCAAGGCCCUCCAGUUCAUCCAGGCUGAAAAGAUGUUUUACGAGGUGGCACUGAUCGAACUCACGGCUCUUCAGGGGAGCACAGCAGGGCCUCAGGAGGAGGCUACACUGGGAUCUGCGGGAUGGACAACCCCAGAGGAGCUUUCAGAGCAAGCGUGCAAGGCUCAGCACCUGGAACGGCUGGCUCAGCUCUGCAUCAUGAGCAAACAGCCGCACCUUGCUCUAGAAUACAGUGGUAAGGCUACAAAGAUCCACCAGAGGGCCUUUGGUAAUGACCACCCAAUUACAGCCAGAAGCCUGGAGCUUAUGGCCACUGUCUAUGCUGAGAUUGGCAAGACUGAAUAUUCAGACUCUCUGGGUCAGUGCGUCUCUGCACUGUCCAAACACAUCGCCGCUGCGGAGUCUAUCAGAGAUACUGUUAACUGUCUUCACCAUUCCCACUGGGAGAAACACUCAGAUGUCCGCCACAGAAAGGACACCUACCACCAACUGGAGUUCGCACCAAAGCCUAAGGUAACCAAUGGCAAAGUUCCCACCUCGAUUCUGAAGAGGCCAAGCCCCAACUACGGCUCAGACACAGACCCCAACCACAGAAGGAAAAGUGAGCGGAGGGUUCGAUUCAGGGAUCCAGAGACCACAGUUCAUGACAUUCCUUACUGUGACUGUUUAGGUGCCUAUGAGACGACACCAUCCCGCCCCAACCUCGCUCUGUUCACUUGCCUCUUCCUGCUUAUGUCAUUCCUGGGCGUGGCAAUGUACUGCAUAGACCGCAGACGCCCACAGCGAGUGUGUGAAGAGCUGGAGGCCGCUUUGGCUGUCUACCUGCUGCAUAUGAAACAGCUGCUGUGGGGCUGCUGGAUAUGGCUGACUAUGCAAUGACUGACACCGACUCAGUGCAGACAUGGAUCCUCCUUUAUGGUUUUUUUUUUUUUCAGGCCCCUCUAUGUCCAAUCUUUGAAGGUGUGCAGGCCUACAAACACCUCAGCCAUUUGACAAGGCUCUGUACAGUGUCUGUGGUACUGAACCACUCUGACACCAAAAAAGGGAAAAUGUGUAAUCCCAGAGAUAUGUAGCUUACAUGUCUUUAUGUAUAUAUGUACUGCAGUGACAGGCAUGUCACUCAUUAUUUUAGCUACAAGGACAUUUUGCAUCUGCAGUGUUGAUGUCACAAAUAACACUCACAUAAUCACCACAAAUAUGAUUUGUCAGUUCAUGUCACAGUCUGGUGUGUGAGUGAAUAUGUCCAUGGAAUGCAAAUAUUUAUUUUGCUACAGUACAUGGUUUUAAAUAACAGAUAUUACACACUGAAUUUGUAUAUAUGGUUCCAUAUACUAAGGACUAUCACAAUAUUCAGCUUUGUAUUUGCACAUAAAUGAAUGUUAAGCAGUUUGGAAACAGCUUAGAUUGGCACCGCACACAUUCAAGAGGAGGAGGAUGGAAGCACAAAUGUGUAAACUUUGUGAUUAUGAUUCAUGAGGAAGAAAACAGGUCAAAUGACUAACAGAUGAAAAACACCUCAUCCUUUACAGACUGGUCAGACAGUGGCUGACUAUCAGUUAACUUUUAGUUCCACUGAUGAGAGCAUCUGCAGCACAAUAUUAUCUAUCAUCAGAGAGUCUAUACUCAAACUGAAUGAAUGCUAAUGCUUUUGACAGUGUCACUCUUUAUACAUUAUCUGCUUGACUCCCACAAAAUAGCCUGUAUCCUAAAUAUUUAUUCUUCUAUAUUGUAUAUCUGCAUCUACAUAAAUAUCCAACUUUCAGUCAUUUAAAAAAAAAAUGUUUUUAACUUUUUGUGUCAAAUUUCUAUUUUAAAAGGGUAACAUUCAGGUUUUAAUUGUGAUGUCAGAUGCUCAUCAGGCUUUGGACAAGUGUAUCGAUAGAUGUGAGCUCAACACAUAUUUGCAACACAUUAAAAGAUAAUAGUAAUAUAAGGAUAAACUCCUUCCAUGAAAUUCAUUACUGUUUUUGAGGCCAAACACAGAAAUAUAACAGAUUCAGAUACUGUAUAGCCAUGUACAGUACAGUAUACAUCCCUUUAUCAGACGAAGAAAACAUUUUAACAGCCAAACCACCACAAAAGUGGAUUAUAGGAAUCAAAGGGCACAGUGAUGCACAUCCCACAAACCUCUCAUCAUGAGCAAUAACACACAUCACAUACAGCAGCUUCUGCAAAACGUUCUUCUUUAUAUAACACAUUUCUGGGAACUCAAAGGAAUUUGGAGCUCUCACAUUUGAAUGUCAAAGCAAUAUAAGGCUUGUAAAGCCUGUACAGAAGAAAGAAUUACUCUGGACUCUGUGCUGUCAAAUGAAAUUUUCAUUAGCAAUAAAACAAUACCAAGUGAACUCAUGUCCUGUAUAUGCACUCUUAGUUUAAAGAGCCCAUGGCAUGCUUUUCCCUGUUUUCUGAAUUAUCUACAAUAUUACAACAGUGAAUUCUCAUCUUAGACGUGAUCUAAAGCUCAAAAAAUGAGGUGAACCUAUGUUCUAGUAUUUC